CCUGCGGAGGAGGGGACCCGCCCGGGGCGCCGGGGCUGAGGCUGCGCCCUCCCUCCCGCGCCUCCUCCACUUCGCCCCCUCCUGCCGCCGCCGCCGCCGCCGCUCCCCUUACCGUGCCCGACCCCAUCCCCCGCCCGUGCCUGAGUUCCCGGGCUACGCCCAUGCCCGGCCAGCCGGAUCGCCGCCACCACCACGCGGGGACCCAACUCCGGCCGUGAGCGCAGGUGGGGGCGCUGAAAGCAGGGAGAGGGAGCCGCACCCGGCCCGAGCCGCGCACAACAGGUGCGAACGCGCGGCCGCCGCCAGGGCGCGCGGCGUGGAGAUGGUCCCUGCUCCCCACUCCCUUUGUUCUCGGCGGCCCGGGACCCCCUCCCCCACCGUUCCCGCCCAGGCGCGCCCCUCACCCUGGCUGCGACCUGGACUAGGACCGACGGCCCGGCGGCCGCACUCUCUCCGGGACCCGCGCGGGCUCCGCGUUCGGCCUCUCCCCGGCGGCGGCGGCGGCGGCGGUGGCGGCGGCCUGGGCUCUGGCGCAGCCCACCCCACCCGCCCCUGGAGCGGCGGAGACCGAGGCAGGCAAGCAGCGCGCGAGCCGGGCCGCCGCGGCUGUUCCCAUGGCGACGAGGGCGGGGCCGCCGCGGGGGGCGGGGAAACGGGGGGCGGAGGCUGCGCAGGGAGCGGCGCACGGGCCCGCGACCCCGCCCCGGCUUGCGGGAGGGCCGAGUCCCCGCCCCGGCGACCCGCGAGCACCCGGGACCUCGCUGGGGCGUGGGCAGCUGCCACUCCCACCUCCAAUGCCAUCUCGGACGCCCCAUCCAGCCUGCGCCUGCAUUCUCCUCCACCAUAGACCCCACUCCAGACUCCCUGUUUGGGAAGGGGACCUCAGUGUCCCUAAAACACUCAUAUGGGCACUCAAGCUCCCCAGGCCCUGGGGACCUCAAUCCUCAGAGAGCUCCGGCAGGUCACUGUGACCAGCAAGGCCCCUAGUUUUGUCUGUCACUGGCCUCCUCCCUAGAAACAGGGUCCAGCCCUGGGCACAGCAUCCACACGCUGCGGCUGCAGUUCCUUGCUCGACCUUGACAGCCUCCCAGAGCAGCCGCCUGCUCUCACCCCCAACCUCACUACGGCCACUCCCGCGCCAGGGAAGACACUUUAGACUCCGGAGCUGCUCUUCUGCACUUCGGUGUUUUAUUCUUUCCAAAUCUCAGGCUUAUGCACAGGUUGGAAGAGCAUUGUUAAAAUAAAAAAUGGACCUAAA